CGGCCGCCACCUCCGAAGCACAAGGUGUCACAUUUGAAAAGAAACCUGAGCCCCUGGGAGGCGGCGCAGAGAGACCGGGGCUGCGCUGGCUGGCGCGAACUGAGCGGCUGGCCGCUGGGCACCGGUGGAAGACCAGUGAGGAGCUCCGGCCCUAGAGGACCCUAGCGACCUGAUCUUGGGAUCCCCAUUCCGCGCUCUCUUCGCCUUUUUUCCCCCCCUAGAUCACACCCCCCCUCCCCCAGCCGCCUCCCUUGCCUAUUUCCCUAAAACGGAGCUUUGAAAUCCAGCCAAGGUGCGGGAAACGGGACAACCAGGACUUUCCCAGGCAGCCAAGAUGCGCUCCAUUAGGAAGAGGUGGACGAUCUGCACUAUAAGUCUGCUCCUGAUCUUUUAUAAGACAAAAGAAAUAGCAAGAACUGAGGAGCGCCAGGAGACGCAACUCGUCGGAGAUGGUGAAUUGAGUUUAAGCCGAUCACUUGUCAAUAGCUCUGAUAAAAUUACUCGAAAAGCUGGGACAUCAAUCUUCCAGCACUCUACAGAAGGUUGGAAAAUCAAUUCCUCUUUGGUCCUGGAGAUAAGGAAGAACAUUCUUCGCUUCUUAGAUGCAGAGCGAGAUGUCUCAGUGGUCAAGAGUAGCUUUAAGCCUGGUGAUGUCAUCCACUAUGUGUUGGAUCGACGCAGGACCCUCAACAUUUCUCAGGAUUUGCACAGCCUCCUACCAGAAGUUUCACCAAUGAAAAAUCGCAGGUUUAAAACCUGUGCGGUUGUUGGAAAUUCUGGCAUUCUUCUGGACAGUGGAUGUGGAAAGGAGAUUGACAGCCACAAUUUUGUAAUAAGGUGUAAUCUAGCUCCUGUGGUGGAGUUUGCUGCAGAUGUGGGAACUAAAUCAGAUUUUAUUACCAUGAACCCAUCAGUUGUGCAGAGAGCAUUUGGAGGCUUUCGGAAUGAGAGUGACAGAGAAAAAUUUGUGCAUAGACUUUCUAUGCUGAAUGACAGUGUCCUUUGGAUUCCUGCUUUCAUGGUCAAAGGAGGAGAGAAGCACGUGGAAUGGGUUAAUGCAUUAAUCCUUAAGAAUAAACUGAAAGUGCGCACUGCGUAUCCAUCACUGAGACUUAUUCAUGCUGUCAGAGGUUACUGGCUGACAAAUAAAGUGCCCAUCAAACGGCCAAGCACAGGCCUCCUCAUGUAUACACUUGCUACAAGAUUCUGUGACGAAAUUCAUCUAUAUGGAUUCUGGCCAUUCCCUAAAGAUUUGAAUGGAAAAGCUGUCAAAUACCAUUACUAUGAUGACUUAAAAUAUAGGUACUUUUCCAAUGCAAGUCCUCACAGAAUGCCAUUAGAAUUCAAAACAUUAAACGUGCUGCAUAAUCGAGGAGCUCUAAAACUGACAACAGGAAAGUGUAUGAAGCAAUAAAGCACAGUUCAAAACACACACACACACACACACACACACACGACACAACAUACACUUCUUUACGAAAGAUGAUUCUGAAGAUUUGAAAACAGGAUCCAAAGUAAGACUUGCUUUCAAUAUUUACCUGUUCACUGAAAAAAUUGAUAAGGAAAUUCAUGUGAAAUCCAUGACCAGCUGAUGAAAUACCUGCUAAGUGCUCUAACAAUUCAAUAUUUUGACUUCAUGGGUCCUAGUAAGUGCCACUUCCACUAAGAAUACAGUCUGAAUGUAUAAUCAGUAGUGUUUACAAGAUCCAACAAUGCACUCAUCAUUAAGCAACAAAGCAAAUAUGUUCAUCACUGUCUGGCUGCCACUGCAAUGCCGAGCACAUCAAACGAGGAACCCACGAAUGAAUACAGCUCAGUCCUUGAGAAGUUAGAUCGCCCUUGUCAACAGAAAUCUUGAUGAAAACAGUUUGAGCAGUGAAGUCCAUCAGAUCAAACCACUCAAGUAAAUGCCUUCAGUCGGGACUCUGAGUCUGAUCAUGUGUUUUGUGUUCUUAUUUAUGUUUUGAUUGUUUUCUUGUAAUCAAAACUCCUUUGGUUUGGGUAUUGGGUGCUUAGAAAUCCUUUUCUGAGAAAAAGAAAUGGAAAAUAUACAAGAAUGAGAAAAAUAAAAAUCAAAUAUUUUCUAAAUUUCUUACAUUUUUUAAAAAAGAGCAAUCACACCAAUUUUAAACUUUUUAUUUUGCACAACUCUAAACCUCCACAUUACUUUGCAAUGGUGUAAGAAGGUACCAACCAAAGUGAAUCAUCCCAUUCUAAAGUGAACCAUUCUAAAGGAGACAUGUCACAUGUUCUCUGAAAUGGGAAAUUUAGCAGAAAUUGCACUUUUGGUACCAAAGAUUAUAUUCAUAUUUCUACACAGCAAACCGCUCUUCUUUCAUGAACAUAUUAUUAUACUGUAAAACUGACUCUAAGUAUUUUAAAAUUUCCAAACUCAAGCUUUGUUUUUAUGUUAUGCCUUUUACAUUUCACAAAAAAAUAUGUGGAAGCAGUUUGCCCUUUAGAAUAAUAUUUGAUUGAUAUAUCUGAAAUGUGACAUCUAGUUCUUCAAUACCUCUCUGGUCAGCACAGUCUUUAUAUCAUUGUUAAAUUUCUUAGUAUAGAAAUAACACAAGUAUUGUUUAAUAAUUGAGAUGAUUAAUUUUAAGAAGCUUGGCAAUGGAACUGUGUGUCAGUAUUUUGCACUUAAAAUGAAUUAAGUUGACUAAUAUUUUUCAGUUAAAUUUAGUCAUAUUAAUACUGAAUGUGUGAUACUGAACAUGGUAUUAUUCAUAAAGGGUUUUAAAAUAACAAUGAAUAACAGACUUGACCAAUACUCCAGUUUUCUGGUAACUUCUACUGGUAGGUGAUUCUGAUGGUAAUAACCUCUUUUGAAAGCAGAAGCACUGAAUUCUCACUUCCACUUUGUCCUGAAACAACUAGCAUGACUUCUUGUUUCUUGGGGAAGGCAAUUUGAGGAAAGAAAUAGCAUGAGGGAUAUGCGCUGUGUUUCUUAGGGAGAAAAAUAUGAUAAAUGAAUAAAGAGCAUGAUAUAUUCAUAUAUGUAUGUAUAUAUCAUGUUAUUAUCAUGGGAAAAGAAAUUCACAGUAGUAUGCUUAUUAAUAUUUUUAAUGAUACAUGGUAUUAUUUUUUAAAGUAUAGAAGAAUGUUGGGAUACAGAAGAGUAUAUUUUCUGAGAAUUCAUGUGUCUCUAAGAAUGCAAAACAGAAUGCAUCAGGGGAAACUAGUAGCUAAAAUACUACAACUUAAGAUAAAUUUUAAAUAUAAAUAUCUACAAGUUUUAAAGAUUAAGUUGAAAAGUCUGAUUUGCUUAAAACAAUGCACAAUAAGUGCUUUCUGGAAUCUGAGAUUGGAGUAUUUGCUUAUAAUAAAAUGUUCCUAUAGCCGUUAGCAUGAAUUAAAAAAAGAAAUCUAGAAAUUGUACAUUUGUACAGGUAAAAAUCCAACUGGACACUCAUUAAUAGUAUGUCCUUAAAAGCAGCAGCCAGACACCUUGCCAUUUUUAGUGCAUUUUCAAACAAGUGUAUUUAAGUAAUUUUAAGGCUACAGCAAACACAUGUCUGCCAUUCACUGUUCUGUGUGUUGAUGCUUGUCUCAUAGACACAUUGGGUAGUGCCUUUCAACUUCUUCACCUUGAUUUGUUACCCUAGGCUUUGUGGUCUCCAAAUAUUUGCCCAGAUCAGAAAAUGCUCAGCAUAAAAAAGGGCUUGAGAUUUGGCAGAAACUACUUUUGUUCAUCUCAGGGAACUUUCAGUACUCAAGAAUGAAUUCAAUUAAAGGAAUUUAAUGCUCAAAGAAGACAAACUGUACAGGACCAUUUCAUUCAAUAAUAUACACAUUUUCAUCUGCUCCUUCCCCCUUUUCCCUCCCCCACAUUGUCUACUGGAGCCUUCUUAUAUGAAAAUGGCAAGGAGGUUAUUGAAGAGUAAGAUCAAGAAGAAAAAAGGGUUGAGAUUUAACCGACAGGUGUGUAAGUGAUCAGAAAAAAUCAAAAUUUACAUAUAUACAUAUAUUAUACUUGAGAUAUCUAGGAGUUGAUCUCUUGAUAGUUUCAUAUUUCACAGCUUUAAUGUUUUAUUAAUUUUCUAUGAUUUAACCCUGUCCCUGGCAAUGCUCAGGCAGCUGACUGAUAUAUUCCUGGUUUUUAGGUUGUUACUGUGUUGAUGAUGUGAGUAGGCCAAGGAAACAUUUCCAUGUUCUAUAAUUAGAAUUAAGUUGUUGAAAUAGAAAGUGAGUCAGGAUCAGAUUUUCGGGGCAAACUUAAUGAUUUAGCUUACAGGACCAAUGAGACCACUGGGGAAAUUUUCCUGCCUGAAAGAAGAUGCUGAGCAUUCCCAUGUCUUCAUGUGCUGUGUAUCAUAUGAAUUGUAAAUCAAUUGUUAAUGGAAUUUCUACAUAUAUGCUUAUAGAAGUGAUUUAUUUAAAAAAAGAAGCUGGGGUAAUGUAAAUACCAAUUAGUUUCAAAUCUACUUCAAAGAAAAGGUUAAUUUAUUUCUGAGCCAGCUAGUUGUGCUGCAUAGAAUGUGGAUCUGAUUCAUAAAAGCGUUGUCUUCAUGUGGUUAUUGUAAGGACUAUAAUUGUGGAAGGGGUGUGGGGAAAAUUAUGUAUAGUUAGUUGUUAUCGCUACAAUUUUUGGACGUUCCCCGUCAAAUAGUAUCAAUAUACCAAUGUCUUAAAAAUUGAGUGAGGUUAUUGUUUGUAUUUAAUAAAAGAUAACUCAAAUAAAUCCCACCUAGAAAUAGAUAUUUUAUUAUAUGUGCUAUAAAUAUACCUAUGUAGUACAAAUAGACUCGUGUGAUGCAUAUAUAUACAAUGUUAUAUAUGUGUAUUUGUCCGUACACACCAAGUCUGUAAUAUGUGCACACUAGGUUUGUGUUAUGUGAACAUCUUCAGGGUCUGAACUGAGAAUAACUCUGGAGAUAAGUAAGGCCACUUUAGAAAAAAAGAAGUUCUUUUGAGACUUCAUUUAUUAACCUGCUAAGGGAAAUCCACUUUAUAACUGAAUUCUAUGUUGUCUAUGCCUAGAGUUACAGUAAGAGACUACUGUGUCUAACUCCCUCAAAAUCAAAACAAAUAACAGAAAAGGAAAACGGCAAAGGAAUAAAAAGUCAUCAGCUGGCAACAUUACUUCAAUAGCAAUUUUCGGAUUGUGUUUUCCAUCGAAGUAGCGCCUUUUACUAAAUACUAUUUUGUUGUGUAGGCAAAAGCACAAGUGUUUGUUUCAAAUGUAUAUAGCAGGAAAAAAAGAGUUUACAGAGAUAGAAUUGCUGCACAGGAUAAUUGCUACUGAGUAUUUCUUAUGUCAUUUGUGAAAUUAAAUGAGGUUAUUUUUUUUCCUGUUGGAUUUAUUCUGUUCAACACUGUUUCCCUAUUGUUUGUGUAUAGCAGUGGAUAUAAUUGACUAUUUGUAAAAUUAUAAAAUAAAUUAAAACCUUUGUUUCUUUUUCAA